AUGUACGAGUAUGGAACGCGGCCAAGCACUGAUAAGGAGCUCCAUGUAUCGAUCCACAGCGGUGGACAGAUGGUCUCCCCCGAGCGCUUCAUGGCCACGGUGGCGGCCCUGAAACCCGACCUGUACGUGUCCUUGUGCGACGAGGUCACCGCGGACGCCAAACCCAAGCGUGUCGCCACAUCCACCAAACGAACCACAGCCUGGCUGGAAUCAUGUCUGAGGUUGCAUGGCGCUUACCAGCACAACACAAACCAACAACAACAACAACAGCAACAGGGGCAGCAGCCUAACCAGGACACCUCAGAUGGCCCUGCGACGGAGGAGUACGGCACCGCUGCUCAAACCCCCCACCACCGUGCCCCCCAAGCCGGGUGCUGCAGCAGCAACCACAGUAACGACAACAGCACCGGCACCGAUAAAGGCGACACUAGCGGUGCCGUGAACGGCGAAACUGGUGGUGGUGAUGGUGAUGGUGAUGGGGGUGGAGGUGGAGGUGGAGGUGGAGGUGGAGGUGGCUUGUUGGGGCCGUUGUCGGGCAGUUUGCUGUUGGCGGCAUUGGGCGGUGGGGGGCUGGUGGCGGAGAGGAGCCGUGCGGCGGCGGCGGUGGCGGACAUGGAGGGAGUGGGAGGCUAUGCGGUAUGUGGCCUAGGUACUGGGGAGGACCCGGCCCUCCGCCCCGCCCUCAUCUCCGCCUCCCUGGAGCCCCUGCCGGCAGCCGCCCUGGAGCACAAACCCGUGUUUACUCCCGGGCUGUCCUCCUCCCCCGAGGAUAUCCUCCUGGCCGUGGGGGAGGGAGUGGACCUGCUGGACUGUGCACUGGUGGCGCAGAUCACCGCGGGAGGCUAUGCACUGACGUUUCCGUUGCGACCUCCCCCGGGCGGGCCCCCAUCAGCGGCUGCCGAGAACACCGCCAUGGCGGAGGUGGGCACCGGCGGUGGAGGAGCGGGAGGGGGGGGAGUGGAGGACGUGCCCGCUGUGUCCACAUCAGCUGCCGCUGCCGCAGCCGUGUCUGUUCCGACAUCCGUACCUGCGGCAGCGGCGGCAGGGGGGGUAUCCAGCGGGGCCCUGUGCGGCAGCAGCCCCGAGCGGGGUCCGAGUCCGGAUGUGUCCCGGGGCGCGGAUGACACCAAGAUAAACCUGUGGUCCACAUCGUACCGAGCGGACCGGGGUCCGUUGCUGCCGGGCUGCGGCUGCUUCGCGUGCCGGCGCCACAGUCGCGCUUACGUGCACCACCUGCUCAACACGCACGAGAUGCUAGGGGACGUGUUGCUGGAGGCACACAACACCAGCCAUGUGAACGCUUUCUGUCAGCUGCAUCCCACCUGACUUCCCGCCUACUACGGGCCAUUCCAGCAGUGGUAUAUAAAAUUAUACAAAGCUCGCCCGCCAAUCAUAUUGCAAGAACGCAGCGAGCAGAGAGGGUCGGAGGCCCGUCGUACAUGGCCCCUCUGUUACAACGAACCGCUGUUCAGAACGCCUUUCGCUGAACCUGGACGCCAU